GGGCUCCCCGUAUGGACGCUUCCUGGGUUGGGCUGCGCAUGCGCCGAGCUGUGGUAUUAGUGAUGGUGGGGGAGUGAUUGGCUCUCACUGCGCAGGCAGCGGGACUAAACGCAUCAACAGAGGCAGGACGAAGUAAGCAGGGCCCGGGCUGGCGGAGAGCGGCCUGUCAGAAUUCUUAUUGGAAAAUGCUACAGACGAGCACAUUUAUUGAGACCCAACUUCUAAUCACCGGUCAUCCAGUCUGAGAAGAAUAUCAUUCACAUUGAUUACAUAUAGCAAGACCAGCAUACAAAUGUCUCCUACAAAGCUAAAGUGUGGCAUUUUCUGCUCUUUUCCAUAAGCUGCCAUAAGAUGAGCUCCAUUGCUGACAGAGAUGACGGGAGUAUUUUUGAUGGACUUGUUGACGAAGAUGACAAGGAUAAAGCAAAAAGGGUGUCUCGGAACAAAUCGGAGAAGAAGCGCAGAGACCAGUUCAAUGUUCUCAUUAAGGAACUUGGCUCUAUGUUGCCCGGCAAUGCCAGGAAAAUGGAUAAAUCCACAGUGCUGCAGAAAAGCAUUGACUUCCUGCGCAAACACAAAGAAAUUAGUGCCCAGUCUGAUGCUAGUGAGAUUCGACAAGACUGGAAGCCAUCUUUCCUUAGUAAUGAGGAAUUUACACAGCUCAUGUUGGAGGCCCUGGAUGGCUUUUUCUUGGCUGUUAUGACAGAUGGAAACAUAAUCUAUGUGUCAGAGAGUGUUACUCCCUUACUUGAACACUUACCUUCUGAUUUGGUUGAUCAGAGUAUAUUUAAUUUUGUCCCCGAAGGGGAACAUUCAGAGAUAUAUAAAAUCCUGUCUACACGCACGUUGGAAGGUGGUCCUUUGGGUUCAGAUUAUCUAAAAACAAAAAAUGAACUUGAAUUCUGUUGCCACAUGUUACGGGGAACAGUUGACCCAAAAGAACCUGCUACAUAUGAAUAUGUAAAAUGCAUUGGAAAUUUCAAGUCUUUAAAUAAUGUGCCCAGUUCUACACACAAUGGCUUUGAUGGUGCAUUACAGCGUUCUCUCAGGCCUGCAUAUGAAGAGAGAGCCUGCUUUGUAGCAACUGUAAGAUUAGCUACACCUCAGUUUAUUAAGGAAAUGUGCACUGUGGAGGAGCCUAAUGAGGAGUUUACAUCCAGACACAGCCUAGAAUGGAAAUUCCUCUUCUUGGACCACAGGGCUCCUCCUAUAAUAGGAUAUCUACCUUUUGAAGUGCUGGGUACUUCUGGAUAUGAUUAUUAUCAUGUGGAUGAUCUGGAAAAUCUUGCAAAAUGCCAUGAACAUUUGAUGCAGUAUGGAAAAGGCAAGUCUUGUUACUAUCGUUUCCUCACAAAAGGGCAGCAAUGGAUAUGGCUGCAGACACGGUACUACAUCACCUAUCAUCAGUGGAAUUCUAGGCCAGAGUUCAUUGUUUGCACGCACACUGUAGUAAGCUAUGCAGAGGUUGGUGCAGAGAGAAGGCGAGAACAAGGUUUAGAAGAUUCUCCACCCGCCAUCAUCUCCGAUAAAAACCAAGACUCUAUCUCAGACAGUCGCAUACAUAAGGACAGCCUAAAGGAUGCUUUGGAAAAGUUUGAUGAGAGCAGGACGCCGUCACCAUCAUCCAAGAGUUCUAUCAAGUCAUCGUCUCACACAGCAGUGUCUGAUCCAUCAUCGACCCCUACUAAGAUUCCAACUGAUACCAGCACCCCUCCACGACAAGCUUUAUCUGGUUUGGACAAGAGAAGGUCAUCAAUUAGCAGUCAGUCAAUAAGCUCCCAGUCUCUUAACCAGUCAUUAACACAGCCAGUACAGAAGCAGCAAGCUACUGCCAUCUUACAGCCUGGGAUGACACAGCCCAUUUUUCAGUUCACGGCACAAUUUGGAGCCAUGAAGCACUUAAAGGACCAACUGGAACAAAGGACACGGAUGAUAGAAGAGAAUAUUCAUCGACAACAGGAGGAGCUGCGAAAAAUCCAGGAACAGCUGCAGAUGGUCCAUGGACAAGGCUUCCAGAAGGAAUAUCGCGGCAUAGAUUGGAGGCUAUAUGACCUGUAACAAGAAGUUGCCUGUCCCUUUUAGCGCAUAGGACAUGCUAAGUGAAUGAAUACAUGGAAAAAGGGGAAUCGGUCAGCCAUGACACAGCCAACUGCAGCCACAACAUGUGAGUCCAUCAUUACAAGGAAAGGUAAAACAAUUACACAGGGAAUAUACCUACACUAAUACCUAGUUAAAACAAAAAAUAUUUGAAACUCUACAAUGCCUUUUAACAAAUCAGAUACAACACAAUAAUUUACUAUAUAAACUAAGAGGCCAUGCAGUUAAUGCCUAACAUAGGUAGACAUGGGUCAAAGAAACAAACCUCAUUUACAAAAGAGACCCAGUAGUGGAAAAACGGAUAGUGUAAGCCUGCCAAUGCCUGGCAGACAUGUAAGAUACCUUCUGCUUCAUUGCUGGAGCCCCUUACAUGCCUAAGCAGAUAUUUAUUUUCUGAGAGAGGCAACGCAGACACCUAGGACUGCAUUGUGGAAGGCAUGGAGGCUGUACAUGUAUGCUCCAUACCUGGCUGUACCAAGUAUUGGUGGGGGCCAUGGUAUUGGAUAUCCGUGCAGAAGGAGUAGCGAGAUGAGGGAAAGAGCAGGCAAAGUGUGGCGAUUUUCUGUGCAGUAGCAGGUAAAAAUAUAUAUAAUCUAAAUCGGAUUACUUUUAAUUUAUUGCUUAUGGGUUAGAAAUAAGCUUUACGAAUUUCCCACAAUUGCAUGACAAGGCUUUUUUUGGCUAUACUUUUUCAUUAGGGUUACAGCUGACUGUGGGUCACAUUUACUGUUUUACUCCUGUGACUCAGAGUCAGCUAAUGGCAGGUUAGUGCUAUCAGCUGAUAGGGCAGAGCAGAACUGGGCUCUGGACCACCUGGCUGCCUGAUUGAUAGCUGGCUCCACCUUUUAGCGUGUUACGGAGUACUGGAGCCAGCUAUUUCCUCCCAUUCCUCAGCUUGUCACUGUAGUUGGCGCUGGAGCCGCUGAUUGGUGUGCAGUGACUAACAGUGUUCUCUAGUGCCAUAGACAUAGAGCUGACUGAUCAUCGCUCAUGUGAUCAAACAGCUCUUGGUCUUGGAGCCUAUGUGGGACUGCUGAAGUAUCACAAGGAUCCUACAGAAUGGAGGCGAGUAUGCAUGUUUUUUUUAUUUUAUCUUUUUUUUUUUUAGUAAUCCAACGUUCCUCUUUUUUUAUUGU